AUGGCUUCUUCUGGGUCUUCAAAUCUUGCUCUCUUUUUAGCCAUCAAUUUGCUUUUCUUUGUCAUGGCAAGUGGGUGCUACUUUUGUCCACAGCCCAAGCCUAACCCAAACCCAAACCCAUUCCCUUUUCCAAAUCCGAGUCCUGCUACCAAGGGUUGUCCUAGAGAUGCACUAAAGUUCGGGGUAUGUACCAAUUUGCUUAAUGGACCAAUUGGUGCAGUGGUGGGGUCACCACCAGACCAUCCAUGUUGCUCAGUGCUAGAAGGAUUACUUGAUCUUGAGGUUGCGGUUUGCCUCUGCACAGCCAUCAAAGCUAACAUUCUUGGCAUUAACCUUAACAUACCAAUUUCAUUGAGCUUGCUCCUUAAUGCAUGUGAGAAGACUCCACCCUCUGACUUCCAGUGUGCCUAA